AUGUGUUCUUCCUAUAUACCCCAUCUAACCCAAACACACACAUAGGGGUGUCUUCUUUUGUUAGAACAAACAACUGAAGCAAUCUCCAGAGGUUCAGUUGAUAAGUUUCUGUCGGCAGCUCCGCGUUCCGGUGAAGAUAAGACUCAUAACCUCUCUGCAAAGCUAAGGUACAUAUAUUACUCGAUGAAAGCUGAACGAACUCCCUUACUAUUUCAUGCCGCUUCUACUAAGUUUGUUUAGUUUAUUGGUGCUCUUCCCAUUAGUUCCUUACUUCAUUUAUCUGCACAUGAAGGUUGAUGUUAGAUUUUUCAGAUGCCAAAGAAAUUAGAUGAACACUACUCUUAUACUCCCUAGACACUAACCCAGCUUUAAAGCAGGUUAUUGUUUUGCAAAACCAAGCUUUCUGUAGGCAUUUCUUUGAGCAAUUAACUAAUUCCACAAGGAAUUCAUUAUAGGGUAAAUUUUCUGUUGGACACUCUUUAUUGUUGCCUUUGCUGUUGGACACUACUCAAUCUUGUAUUCGCCAAUAGAUACUUUUUAAGUUUGGAUAUUUACUACAAGACACUAUGUUCAUCAAAAUAAUAAUUUUCAGGUUUAGAGGAGAGAGAAAAUAAACAAAGCAGAUGUACCUUUUUUUCACCGAUCUUUUUGUUUCGGAGCAUGUGUGAACAUUUUUCUGCAUAAUUUUUUUAAGCGGUUAAUGUUGGGACUUCAAUUUAGUGUAGAUGUAUACACAAAGCAGAACAUAGUUGCUUUAUAUGGAAUCCUCUGAUUCUGCUGAUCGUUGCAGUAUCAUGGUUUCUACUUUCUAGUUAUCCAGUCCAGGAGUAUAAAUGGAAGUGCACUUUCUACUGCUUGGCCUUGGACUUGUGCUUCUGCUGGCGGCACAGCGCGGCCCCGUUGUUGCAAUUCCUGGCCCUGAAUGCCAAACAAAGUGUGGCGAAGUUGACAUUCCGUACCCGUUUGGCAUCGGUGACAACUGCUCGCUGUCGACAGGCUUUAAUGCCAGAUGCAAGGAGGUCCAACGUGGUGUCUACAAGCCAUUCCUCGGAAAUGUGGAGCUGCUCAACAUUUCCUUGAUUAAUAGCACGAUCCGGGAGCUGAACCGCAUCUCUACGUACUGCUACAGCUCCUCCGGUAAGAUGGAGGCUCAUAUUUGGUAUUAUGAUGUAAGUCUUUCCCCGUAUCGGUUCUCAGAUGUCCACAACAAGUUCACGGUCAUAGGGUGCAAUACCCUCACCUACAUCAAAGACAAGAACGGUACAUCCUACCAGAGUGGGUGCGUCUCAACGUGCCGGAAUCUGACAGACUUAACAAACGGAUCCUGCUCCGGCAUGGGCUGCUGCCAGACAGCGAUACCCAAGGGGAUGGACUACUACGAGGUCAGCUUCGACAGUGGUUUCAACACAAGCCAAAUUUCGAGUUUCAGCCGCUGCAGCUACGCCAUGCUGAUGGAGGUGGAGGCAUUCAAUUUCAGCAUCGCGUACCUCAGCACAACCAAGUUCAACGACACAAACACCGGGCGAGCACCCGUGGUGAUGGACUGGGCGAUAAGAAACGGGACGAUGUCGUUGGGGUGUGAAGAAGCCAAACUGAACAAGACGGGCACCUACGCAUGCCUCAGCAGAUAUAGCGGGUGUGUCGACUCCAGAAAUGGGCCAGGCUACCUAUGCAAUUGCUCCCAAGGUUACGAAGGCAACCCAUAUCUUCCAGACGGAUGUCAUGAUACUGAUGAGUGCAAGAAGAGCCCAUGCCCUUCAGGAGGUGUUUGCCACAACACAAUAGGAGGAUACCGAUGUUCGUGUCGAGUAGGACUUAAGUUUUCGGAGCAAAACAAUAGUUGCGACCUUGAUACCAGCCUAAUAAUUGGUGUUACACUAAGCAGUGCCGGUGGCAUUCUGUUUCUCGCUGCAAUUGUUGCUGUUCUUACUCGGAGGUGGCAGAGAAUUGUUCAGAAAAGGCUUAGGAAGAUAUAUUUCCGGAAGAACAAAGGAAUUCUCCUAGAACAGCUGGUAUCUUUGGACCAUAAUGCUAGUGAUGGCACGAAGAUAUUCUCUCUUAACGAGCUAGAGAAGGCAACCAACAACUUUGAUCAGACACGUGUGGUCGGCCGCGGCGGCCACGGCACGGUCUACAAGGGCAUCCUGAGUGACCAGCGUGUGGUGGCUAUCAAGAGAUCAAAAGUUAAAGAAAGCAUCGAGAUCGAGCAGUUCAUCAACGAGGUGGCCAUACUCUCCCAGAUCAACCACCGGAAUGUGGUGAAGCUCCAUGGAUGCUGCCUCGAGACUGAGGUGCCUCUACUUGUCUACGAGUUCAUCUCCAACGGCACUUUGUACGACCUCCUGCAAUGUGAGCAAAAUGGCAUCUUGCUACCAUUAUCUUGGGAGGAGCGCCUAAGGAUUGCCGUCGAGGUCGCCGGCGCGUUGGCAUACCUACAUUCAGCGGCUUCGAUGGCCAUUCUGCAUAGAGACAUCAAGUGCAUGAACAUACUUCUGAACGACAGCUACACAGCAAAGGUUUCAGACUUUGGUGCAUCGAAGUCAAUCCCAAUUGAUCAAACGCAUUUGGUCACCGCCGUGCAGGGCACGUUUGGAUACUUGGACCCAGAAUACUACCACACCGGCCAGCUCAACGAGAAGAGCGAUGUUUACAGUUUCGGUGUCAUACUUCUCGAAUUAUUGACAAGGAAGAAACCAAUCAUUGAGAAUGGGAACGGUGAGAGGCAAAACUUGUCGAGUUUUUUCUUUGAGGAGUUGGGGAAGAGGCCACUCGAUGAGGUAGUUGACAGGGAAAUUUUGGAGGAAGCAAGCGAGGAAGCGAUUAUGAGUAUGGCUCGGCUGGCUGAGGAGUGCCUCAGCUUGACACGAGAAGAGAGGCCUACCAUGAAGGACGUGGAGAUGAGGUUGCAGAUGCUGAGGGCCCGUCAAGGCGUUGCUUCGAGGAAGAGGAGGGACGACGAAGUGACCCGUCGUCGUGAAGCAGUAGGAGCCAACAUGAUCAACGGUGCGAUUCCGGUGGCUGCUGCUAGUAAUCACGUCUCGCGCUGGUACAGCCUAGAGCAGGAGUCUGUGUUGUCCUCAUGCGUGCCGCGGUAGAUUGUGUCGGCAUUACAUAUGGAUGUUUUAUGUGUUCUGAUUGGUUGUUGUGUUCUUAUACUUUCGUAUACUGCAAAUAUAAUAAGGAGGAACUUAAUCUUAUUUGAUUGAUUGAGUCC